UUCAAGUUUUUUGGUGUGGUUUCUAUCAACGAGUAACAAAAUAAAUUUUCUCCAAAAAGCUUUCGAAAUGAACAUGGACUCUAAUCUUAAGCAAAGUCACGAGUUGAUAUGAUUUGCUACAUAACGUUAUUAGUUUUUAGUUGUGAAUCAAACUGUUAUGGCUUAGAUUCGAUACAAGAUUUUACAAUGUAAAAGCAUUGACUACUAAUUAACGAGUGGUUGCCAUUGCAUCGCCGAAGAGAGGUGGCGGGCAGGGAUAUGAGGUAAUGUCAAAUUUGAGGGAGGGGUUACCGUGGGCAUUCAAAUGUGUAGAAUCAGCACAUUUAAAAUUUAUUCAAGUUGAUAACAUUAGAAUUACAUGAGUUGUUUGGUUGUUGGCUAUUUCAGUGGUAAAAACUAUGGUGUGGAGAAUGCAUUCAACAAUUUAUAGUUUACCAUGCUUUGUUACCACCAUUUCUAGGUGCAUAAUUUCUACUGAAGGUGCCCAAUAAUGUACAUUAACAAUCAAAAGGAAAAUACUCAUUAUGCCAACCUAUGUUUAUGGUCUUGAAAGUCUACCCUAAAUUAACAUCGAUGUCCGUCCUCUUCGGAUGGACGUCACUAAUCGAUUCAUUAGGUUGACAAACACGCUCAUAAGUUAGCUGCCCGUUACCUUGGUGAUUAUUUAUUCAUUAGUUCGAUCCCGCAGCAUCAGGCUCAUGAUCGGCAGUUGUCAUCGUCUACUCACUCUCAGAGGUCAUGGGAAACUCACCUUCACAAAUUUUUUAAACUAUUUCGGCACAAAAAUUAUAAUGGAUAUUCCUAACUCCCACUGUUCAGGCCGAUUUGUAGUAUAUAUUAUUUCCUGCACACUACUGGCCAGUUAUUGCCCAGUUGAAGUGAAUGGUGUUAUCCUGAUUAUCCGACAAUAACGAGGGUCGAGGAUUCUGUUGCUCAAUAUAUAAUUUAAUUCAAUAUGGAGAGCGUUUUGCGUGGAUUUAAUGUUUCUCGUGUGAGCAAAGUUUUUGUAUGCAGCAUGUGUGUUGUGGGUUAUAUAUUUCUGCUAUAUGGCAAAAAAUUAUUCAUUGAAAACAAUCAGUCUUCUUAUGCUUUUCUUAUGUCAAUUCAGUUAGGCGAGUGCGCUCUGCCAUGGUGGGAUGGAGCUCUGGACAACUGCAGUGCGAUUAUCCAGAAGUUUAUGGUUCAGAACAACACAACUCGAAGUUAUUGCGGCAAGAGGGCAGACUUCGCUGGGCCAAAACAGAAAGUUAUAACCUACUGCUUAUUUGGAAACUAUGCAACGUACGCAUCGGGUUUCCCUGAAAUUUUACAGGCAAUUACAAACUUUUAUCCUGGGUGGCUGGUUAGGCUGUACACUGAACCCUCAAAGUACGUCACUGAACUGGCGCCACUCAUGCAGCAGCACCCGAACUUGUACGUGUGCGACGUUAGCAACUUACCGGGCAACAUCGCUGACUUACGUGGGCCCGAUCCUCGACUUUGGAGAGUUGCGGUUCUGGGUGACGAGACGGUCGACGUGUUCUUAUCGCGAGACAUAGACGCUGUGAUAUUAGAUCGUGAAGUGGCAGCAGUACAUGAGUUUCUGAAGUCAGGUAAGACACUGCACACUAUGCGCGACCACCCCGGGCAUCAUCAACCUGUCUUGACUGGCAUGUUCGAUGUGAACCAGACAGCCAGCAACCGCUCGCUGCUCAACGCCAUCCGUGGUCAACUCUUUGGCAAAUUCGAGACAUUAUCUGACCAGGAUUUGUUAGAAAAGUAUCUCUACCACAAGUUGAUGCACGACUCGAUCUCUCACGACAGCUACCACUGUCACAGGAACCCAUCAACUGUGCCCUUCCCCAACCAAAGAAAGGCACACAUGUUUGUCGGCAACGCGAGGUAUAGAAAUAUUCACAGCGAGGUCACAACCGAGUGUCCUGCUAUAUGCCGACCUCGCAACCACCAGGACUGGAAAUUUUGCUGAUGGCCCUCAUAGUUGCCAGGAACGCUGCUAAUCGGAUCAAAAUAAUGACAGCGACAAGAACUUUAUCUGUUUUUGUUAUAGAUUUUAAUUAUGUUAUUUCGAGAAUUGGUUUCAUGAACGCAAAGGCCGUUACAAUGCUGGCAGUAACCAACCCCAAAUCAUCAUUGUGGAAUUUUUCUUCUUAUUUAAACGCAUUAAUAUUUUAUAAUUCAAUCAUCAAAUAGAAUGGAACUCCACCAAUUUAUAAGUAGACUUUUGUCAUACCAGGACUGCCUCGUCACAUCUCUCGUGACUGCAUGUUGCCCGGACAACACCUCUUUGCCUCGUCACAACAAUCAUGACUGACGCCAGGACAACACCUCUUUGCCUCGUCACAACAAUCGUGACUGACUCCCGGACAACACCUCUUUGCCUCGUCACACCAAUCGUGACUGACGCCCGGACAACACCUCUUUGCCUCGCCACACCAAUCGUGACUGACGCCAGGACAACACCUCUUUACCUCGUCACAUCACUCGUGACUAUAGCCUGGACUACACCUCUAUGCCAUGUCACGCCAAUCGUGACUGCUGUACCGGCACUCUAUACUUUUUUAUUCAGUUUGAUAUCGUUGCACUAUAAAGACUUCUCUGCCUUGACACCACCUCGCUGCUUCGACGCUCGUCUCGUGACCGCUGCCUUGACGCCACAUCGCUUUUUCGGCGUCCAUCUCCGGACCAUCUCGUACAUCUCGAGGAGUCCAUGUAGUUCUUUCUAAGAUGUGGAAUAUCAUAGGGACAUAUCAGUGGGAAUCCAUCUAUAUUUAACAAUGUUUGAGAGAAAUAUUAGCGCUUAGCAAAAUUGCACGUUCUGUAUAAUUAUUGCGCGCAAAAUGAGUGAAAAUUUCACCGACAAGAUUAGAAAAUUUUCAAUUUUAGUUUCAAAAGGCGUCUGUGAUAGUAAUGAUUAAUAGUGGAUACUAGGUUAUUUACAUGUUGUGAUGAUCGUAUUUCCUUCAGCAAACUACAUG